AUGGCCGGCAUCUUUCGAACCAUCUAUGACUGGCUGUUGCGCAUGUUUUGGGCCACUGAAAUGGAUGUCACCAUGAUCGGUCUCCAGAACGCCGGCAAGUCCUCGUUGCUUCGUGUUUUAGCUGGAGGAGAAUUCACAAUCGAUUCCAUACCCACUAUUGGCUUUAACACAAAAAAGGUCCAGAAGGGCCAUGUGACGUUGAAAUGGUUCGUCCCUUUGCAUUUUCUAGCGUCGUCCGACAGUGUGCUGACUUUGUUGGUGAAAGUUGGGAUUUGGGAGGUCAACCGCGAUUCCGACCGAUGUGGGAGCGAUAUUGUCGUGGGAUAUAUCGUCGACGCUGCGGACCACGCAGCCUUGCCGGUCGCAACAGAAGAAUUGCACGACUUAUUAGACAAACCAAGCCUAGACGGCAUCCCACUGUUGGUGUUGGGCAACAAGUCCGAUCUCCCGAACAAGUUGUCGGUCGACCAGUUGAUUGAAGAGAUGGAUCUCAAGUCCAUCGUGCGUCGCGAAGUAAGUUGCUAUGGAAUCAGUGCAAAGGAGGAGACGAAUCUGGAUGCUGUGUUGCAUUGGUUGAUUGCGCGAGCGAAUCGGUAG